CAUUAAGCGAGCAUAAAGUUGAUUGUCUUGAUCGAAACAAGACUUAGAAUGUCUAGUAUUUACAAAACCCUCAAAAAGCAUGGAUUAAAAGGAGAAGAUAAAGUUCAUUUAGCAAAGAAGUUGUUGCAGGAAUACAGAGGUUUUGGCAGCAAAAUGAACGAGAAAAUGAAGAGCAUCUACAAAGAACUAAGGAAGAAAAGAUCAUCCAAACAGGGAAGGCAUAUCAAACAAAUACUUGAGAUAAUGGUGGAAACAAUCGGAGAAGAAAAUACAACAGAUAUUGCGACGUCAAAACUGGACGAUUUGAAAAAACGACAAGAGCAUACCAGAGCAAAGGAGAUGCCACUCAUCCCACAUAUCGCACAUCCAGGGAUUGGGAGCAUCUCUAUUAAUGCUCAGAACUCCAUUGUCUUUGCCCCAUCCUUUGCUGGGAAUACUGGCAAUAUUAAUGCGGGCGUGAAUGGGCUGGCAAAUAUGAGCAGACCAUCUGUAUUGUCCGAUAACCCAUCAGAUGUGGUGUCAAAUGAGCCCAAGACAUGCUCCAAUGAAGGUAUCCAAGCAGUAAAAGAUGCCAUCAAGUCUUGUAUAUGGAACCGCAAGGAAUUUCAAGGCAUGAAAAUGACAGAGGAUGUAGAUCUUGAUGAAUUCUACACAGAGAUUCAUAUAAUAGGAAGUGAUUUUUCGCAAGUCAAUAACAACCAUGAGAUUUGGCAAGUUGAAACAGCACAUAUGUCAAACACCUCAGAAGGGAAUGUGAUAAAAUACCAUGAAAUAUUCAAACCCGGAGUUGGAGGCAAGGGAUAUGUUAAAAAUGUGUUAACGAAGGGAAUUGCUGGUAUCGGGAAGACCAUAACAGUGAAGAAAUAUCUCCGUGAUUGGGCUAAAGCAAGAAACAAAGAUGACAUUGACUUUGACUUUGUUUUUUUGUUUCCUUUCCGAGAUUUAAACAAAUACAAACUUGGGGUGUACAGUCUACUUGAACUUUUCUAUUUCUUCUACCCUGACCUUAAGAAAGUGGGUAGUGCAAGCAUAUUUGAAGGCAAGCUCUUGCUCAUCUUUGAUGGUCUGGAUGAAAGUGACUGUCCACUGGCUGCCACCAACCCUGUCCUAACUGAUGUGAAGAAAGCAGCUUCAUUGGAUGUGCUUCUCACAAAUCUCAUGAGUGGAAAGCUGCUGCCUUCUGCUCAUCUGUGGAUAACCACUCGCCCUGCAGCAGUUGCUCAACUCCCAGAGGAGAUACUGACCAAUGGAUACGUCACACAAAUACAAGGUUUCAAUGAUCAGCAGAAGAUGAAGUAUUUCAAGAAGCAAGUGCAGGAUCAGAAUGAGGCUAGAAGAAUCAUGUCGUACCUCAAAUCCACCAGAAGCCUCUUUAUCAUGUGCCAUGUGCCACUUUUCUGCUGGAUGUCAGCUCGUGUACUUACAAACAGUCAAAGUGGAGAUAAAUGUGGUGUAAGCCCCAAAAGUCUUACUGAAAUGUACAUUCACUUUCUUAUCACUUUGUCAGGUUUCAGCCACAAAAAAGAUCAGGGAAUUCAGUCUCGAUCAGAUAAACUUAAACAAGACCACGACAUCAUCCUGAAAUUAGGAAAGCUAGCCUUUCAGUAUUUGGAGAUGCCACAAAUGUACUUUGAUGAAAACGAUUUUAAAAACUGUAACAUUGACAUCAGUGAGGCGUUGAAAUACCCAGGUCUUUGUGCAGAGCUCUUGAAAAUGGAAUGGGGGCUGCAUUCAGAAAAGUCUUAUUGCUUCAUACAUUUAAGUUUUCAGGAGUUUCUUGCGGCUUUGUAUGCUUUUCAUGAAUUUUCAGGCAACAACCAUGAUGCACUGAGAUGCUUUAAACCAAAGCAUGGGAAGUUCAGCAAUUUGACUGACUUUUUGAAUGCUGUUGUUGACAAGGCCAUCAAUAAUAAAAAUGGACAUCUAGAUCUUUUUACACGAUUUCUUUUUGGCAUCUCACUUGACUCCAGUAAAGAUCUCUUAAAGGGUUUUCUGCCUGACCAGCGAAGCAGCAACGGGUACCACAAAAAAGUUGUCCAACACAUCAAAGCACUGAGAAAAAAUAAUCUCUGCCCACAUAGGUGUGUUAACCUUGUCCAUUGUCUGGUUGAGCUUCAUGACAAGUCCUUUCUGGAGGAACUGGAACAUCAUAAGCACGGUCUCGCCAAGAAGCCCCUCACUUCGUUCCAGUGCUCAGCUCUGGCGUACCAGUUAGUCACAUCAGAGGAAGUCCUGUCUGAACUUUACCUGAAGCAGUACAGAAUAACUGAUGAGGACUGCUACCGCAGACUCACUCCAGCUAUCCCGUUCUUCAAAAGAGUGCACUUAAACUGCAUUGGCAUCACUAAAAAGUUCUCUCCGACAUUGGCUUCAGCACUUUGCAUGCCAAAUGCUCAGUUGACAGAAUUGGACCUGAGCCACAACAAUUUACAAUCUGGAAUGAUGUGUCUUUCUCGAGGUUUGUGCAGUCCAAACUGCAGAAUUGAGAAGCUGAACCUCAGUCACAACAAACUGAACUACCUGGAUGUGGAAGUGAUUCGAGAUGUCCUCAUGAGUCCACACUCCAGACUCAAGGAUCUGGACCUCAGCAACAAUGAUUUUCAGAAAUCUGAAGUGGAUGCACUCUGUGCUGGAUUGCGUUCUUGUCGUCUGAGUGUCCUCAGGUUGUCAGGCUGUUGCAUCUCCAGUGCCAGCUUUGAUUCUCUAGCCAAAGCUCUGAGGUCUGAUGAGUCAGAUCAGAAGAACAAUUUAGAAGAACUGGACCUUAGCUACAACAAUCCAGGAGACUCUGCAAUGGGGUUACUUCUUCCGUUAAAAGACAGUCUGGACAAACUGAGGAUUGUGAAUAUGGACCACGCAGAAGAGUGCAGAGAAAAACCAUGGCUUCACAAAUAUGAUGUUGAUCUGAGGUUAGAUCCGGAAACAGCAAAUGUUAACCUUAAUGUGAGCACCAAUGAGAAAAUAGUAAAGCGUCAAACUGAGAAAGAAUCAUAUCCUGAUCAUCCGAAUAGGUUUGACCAGUGCAAUCAAAUUCUGUGCAGAGAGGGCCUAAAUGAACGGCACUACUGGGAGGUAGAGAAGUCUGGCUCUGAAGUGCAUGUUGGUGUGGCGUACAGGUCCAUCAUACGAAAAGGAACGGGUAAAGGGGUACUGCUGGGGCAGAACAGUGACUCCUGGAAUUUCUUCUGGUCCGAUGAGAAAGGGAAGAGUACGGUUAGCCACAAUAACAUUACUGAGCCCAUUUCUGUCUCUUCCUCGUGGAAGAUGGGAAUAUUUCUCGACUGGCCUGCUGGCACCCUGUCCUUUUACAGAAUUGCAGGAAGCAUGAAGGAAUUGGAAGAGCCAGAACAUCUAUACACAUUCCACAGUACUUUCAAAGAGUCUGUUUACCCUGCUUUCAGGAUCCAAAAUCCAGGCACGACUAUUUUUGUCUGACCUUUAUACUAACCCUGUCUUGACAGUUUGAUGUUGUUUGUGUUACUAGUAAGCUAAUUAUAUUCCACUCACUGAUCAUAUUGAACAUAAAUUAAAAGUGUAAACUGUUGUAGCUAUGUCGGCAGUCUCGCAAAACUGCAUUCCAACGAAAGUUGGGUGAAUACAGCUAGCAAUGGUAUUAAAUUGCAGUGAUGAUUAAAUGUAAUCAAAU